GUUGAAUUCCGCGGAGCAUGAAGUAGGUACUUCAUACUAGCGCUCAUUUUAGGCUACAAAUUAUUACAAAAUACCUAGUAAUCAUGCAUUUUCGAAAGUGUCAGUCAAAUUUACUCAAACAGACCCUUUUGAAACAAACAGCAAGAAGACUUUCUGUGGUUGAUUUUUCUGUGGCGUCCGAAUUCGUUGAAGAAUGCGUAAAACGGAUAUCUAGCGAACAUUUCGACUUCAAAGGAAACGUUGAAUCUACCAGCGAUUUUUUGCGAGAUAUAAUUAAACAAACGAAUGGACCAUAUCAGCGAGACCAUGGAUCGGCCUCACCAUCCCAAGAACAAUUAUUGUUACCUGAGGGUGAGGCUCCAGCGUCACCAUCACCACCACCCGUCUUGCCGCCACCAGUAUCGCCGGAGCCCUCUAUAGGGUCUUCGUCCCCUCGUUUUUCAUUGGAAUCGAGUUCCUCGGGUGAACAUCUGGACCCCUCUACAGUUCCAACGUCAUCUUCUUUUUCUUCGUCACCGCCAUCAAUGGUGCAUUCCAUGCAGCCUAUGGACGUAUCAAUGCCGUUGUCACCAUCAUCGUCGGCCGAAGGUUUAGGAGCGUCGUCGGAAUCAUUAUAUUUCGCGAAUCCUGUAAAUAAGGAAGAACUCGCCAAACGUUUUGAGGACGUCUUGCGAGAACGAUUUGGAUAUCUUGAAGAAUCUGCUCGAAAAGAUGUCCUCACACAAAUUAUAUGCUGGUUGCGUCUGCUAAAAUUCUUCUCCCUAAUAAGAAACACCAACCUCACGAACAAAAUCUAACCCCCCCCCUUACGGGUGUAAUAAUCUUGUAAUUAUAAACACCAAAAAAAAAAAAAAAAAAAAAAAAAAAAAAACUAGAAA